AUGGCUCCUACAGCAAUGGAAAAGGAUCUUAUCACCACUGCAGCGCGAAACCUCAAUGAUACUACCGCAGAACUCGAGGCGUUAUUACGGAUAUGUUCUCGCGAGAGUGGCCCAGAUGGGAACAAAAUGAGCAAGACAAGGAAGAGAAAGUGGCUUGUAGAGAAAAGUGACAUCAAGAAGCUGCAACAGAGGAUGUUCCAAGCCAAAGAAACUCUUCACUUUGCUCUGAACUCGUCGCGCGUAUCCAGCGAUAUUAGGCAAGUGUACCACGUUCACGAGGCGAUCUUGCAAUGCGCAGAUCUACAAGAAGCAUUACAGGAGCAACCUUGGGCUAUCAACACGGUUGAUGGCGCUGGCGAAUCCCCUCCUCUUCUUGCAACCAAGAGAAGCCAAAUCAGGUUCAUGGAAGUUCUCAUUUCAGCAGGAGCUGAUGUUAAUCAACAAUCUUACAAUGGAAGGUCGCCUCCCAUGGUCGCAGUCGAGGAACAAAACGUCGAGUCUGUAAAAAUGCUGCUCAAGUCUCAAUCGAACGUCAAUUUGUGCGAUGAGGAGGGCGCGACAGCACUACAUCACGCUUCUAUAGAAGCUGAACCGGAGGUCAUCAGCCUCUUACUCGCGGCGGGAGCAUCUGUAAAGCAGCAAGAUCCCUUUGGAGACACGCCACUUCAUGGGGUAGCCCGGUCCGAAAGCACCAACCAUCAAGACAUCGAAGCAGCCAUUGAGAUGCUGCUCGUGGCAGGAUCUGACCUUGAAGCACGAGGCUAUCAAGGAGAUACCCCAUUCCUUGUAUCAAUUGCUUUCGAUAAACUGGAAGCUACCAGAGCUUUGAUAAAUGCAGGUUGCUCUAUCAACGUUUCUAAUUGCGGUUCUCGGAACGUGCUGCAUCUUGUAGCCAGAAACGCUUCACUGGAUUUACUUCGGUAUCUUUCUAUCUUGGACCUAUCCGGCAUCAACCUAUAUCUGCAAGACUCAUCCGGCGACACACCCUUUGAUGAUUUCGUCGAAACUUCUCAUGCUACGGAUGAAUGGGACUUGGUAGGAGCUCGUAAGCCUGGUCUCUCUGAGCAAGAAGCUUUUGUCGAGCUUUAUCAAGACGUUAGAGAUCAAGCCCUACAGAAUGAUAUUCAGAAUCUCGAGCGAGUGCUCGGCGCGUUGCAACAGCAGGACAUUGUAAUCGCACGAGAACAUCUAGCAUUGUUGGUCGAAAAAGAGAAAAGAUGGGAGCGUGAAAAUCUGGUUUCUUGGUAUCAAGCUGUCGACAAGCGAAUUGUGCAUGCGGAACGGGAUUUAGCAACAGAAGAUGUAGAGGGUCAUCUACUGGACUUACAAGAAGAACUCGCAACCCCGGUUUGGGAGAUCCCAUCAAAGUUCGGCUACUUAUGGGAACUCGAUGAUGGAGAAUCAGUCAGUGAAGAGGGAUCCGAAAACUCGGAUGAUUCUGACCAACAGGUCGCAGGUCAGGAUGAAGCUCAAGCAGCCUAG